UUUCUGCUGCCCGUUUGUUUUCCCGCCUCGGCAGCAGUAGAAGAAACCAACUUGCAACUUGCAAGCGAACGGCCUGUUCUAAAGACUGGCACGAUCGGAGACCUGGAGCCAGCGCCAUGUGUCCGGGUGUGCAGGAGUCCCUCCAGUACUUUGCCAUUGCGGCCAUGUGCCACAACCGGGGCAUCGGCGUCCUCAACACGCUGCCCUGGCGGCUCAAGAAGGAGAUGGCGUACUUCUCGCGCAUCACCAGCCAGGCGGCCGAGGGCAAGACCAACGCGGUCGUGAUGGGGCGCAAUACCUGGGACUCCAUCCCACCCAAAUAUAAGCCCCUGCCUGGAAGAGUGAACGUGGUGGUGAGCCGAACUCUGGAGAAAGUUCCGGACGGUCACCACGUGGCAAGGAGCUUCUCGGACGCCCUCAGCCUACUCCAACCGCUCGUGGACAGCGGCAAGGUGGACAAGACGUUUGUGGUGGGCGGGGCCCAGCUGUACCGGGAGGCCCUGGCCGACCCCCGCUGCACGCGAGUCUACCUGACGGAGAUAGACGCCGACUUUGAGUGCGACGUCUUCUUCCCCGAACUGGAGCCGGGCCAGUUCCGGCUCGUCCAGGAGGAGGGGGUGCCCCAGGAGGAGCAGACGGAGGGCGGCCUCACCUACCGCUUCAACGUCUACCAGAGGAUCUCUUCGGGCUCAGUUUGAGCCCCCUGUGUUUCCUUAAAUGGAAUUGAUGAAAGGAAGAAAGUGAAGCAUCCAACGAUCGAGGAGAGUUGGACGAGUGCCGUGCACCGACCUGCAAGCUCCCCCAGCCACACCAUGCAACUGUGGAAAAAAAAAAAAGAAGCAGAAGAGAAGACUGAGAUGUUUGAAAAGAGUUUGCAAACUAUGGAAUCUUCAAAAACAAAGAAAAAAAAUGAUGCCGAAAUCGCUGGUGUCAUUACGCUGAUUCUCGAUAGAAUUCAUUAUUGUACUGCCCGGCUGCACAUCACAUUUCAACAAGUACUGACCACUCUCAAAAACUUCAUUUGACCACACCGAAACCAAACCAUUUCAAAUUUCCACCGCUUCAGUUAUCCAUUUCAGACUGGAACUCACUUCAAGAGAGUAUUGUCAAUAUUCAGGAAUCGUCCGGUUUCAGAGCUGCACUCGGCACCUCUUUUAAUACUUAGCAACCUGACAUCUUUGUGUUUUCCAUUUCUUUAAUAAUUGUUGCGUAUGCCCCCCCCUCUUAUGUAAAGCCCUGGGCACUUUAAGGGUAUAUUAAAUGAAAUGAAACAUUUCGAGUAGGGGUUCGCUGUUUUCAGAGAACCAGUCUGUUCUUUCAAGCGUCGGCAGUUUCGGAUGCAGCCACCACAACUUUAAAGGAGUGUGUGUUAACAUGUCAUCGUUCAACAACAUCAAGAACACUGUAAUCCACAUUAAUUUUCAGGCUUCUCUCUAAUCUUGUACACUGUUCAUCAAUACACCUGACACAUCAAAACAUGUGACCACCCACUCAGAUCGUGUACACCAAUGUCUCUGAUUCUGCAAAUUCAAACUAACUACGGUGCUUUUUCAUUCACAUAUGUAGCAACUAAAACAUGGAACGGUCUACCGGAAAGUAUAACAUCAAUGUCAAGUUUUCAAACGUUCACCCUCACCUGGCUAUUAUAUAUUCACUCUCAAACUUCACUGGAAAUCAACUGACUGAUGCUCUACCGAUUCCUUCCUAUUUGUUUUUUCAUUCAUUCAUUCAAGCUGCAGGCUUUACCAAGAAAUAUACCAGAUUUGUAUGUAGGUGAUAUGGUGCGGUAGAAAUAUUUUUAUCAUUAUUAUGUGCCUUUGUUUUUCCCCUUCAUCUUUUUUCUAGUUGGCUAGAAUAAACAUUGGGUUGAAAG